ACCUCGAAGAAACAGUAGAGAGCCCUACCAAAGAAAAUGAUGCACCAGAAGAGAAGAAGCCGUUGUCGAAAUGGCUAGACGCUGCACCCUCGUUCAUUAAAGCCAUCAUGAACCCGCAAGACGGCACCUUCAACCGACUAGACUGUCCAGCCCUGCAAGGAAACCGGUACGAAUAUCUUCGCCCUUCUCAGGAACUAGUGAACAUCACCUCGAAAACGCCGAAAUACUUCUUUGCUCUGGAUCUCUAUGACUGCGCACAUAUCCUUCCUCGACUGAUCGGAUCAAUCGUCGAAACUAUGCGUUAUCUUGGCCCUGAGAACUGUGCUCUGUCGAUAGUCGAGGGACGUUCCGUAGAUGGGACAUACGAGGUCCUGAAGCUCAUGAAGGAGAACAUCACAGCGAUCGGAGCUGAGUACACGUUCGUUACAAAUGAGAUCGACCCUAUGGCCAAGGGUGGGAACCGCAUUGAAGCACUAGCGACACUUCGCAAUCAAGCUUUGAAACCACUACUGGACCAACCGCAUCGAUACGACCCAGACACCACCAUCAUCUUCUUAAAUGACAUAGCGCUCUGCACGGAAGACAUCCUCGAGUUGAUCCACCAACGCAUUGCUCAGCAAGCUGACAUGACAUGUGCCAUGGACUGGACGUAUGUCGGAGAUAAUCCAACCUUCUACGACGUCUGGAUAGCGAGAGGCAUGAACGGCGACUCGUUCUUCAACAUCCCCGAAGACGGCAGUUGGGACUUCGCCUGGAACCUCUUCUGGAACAACGCGCCCACUGCUGAAAGAUUGCAAACCGAGAAGCCGUUCCAAGUAUUCUCAUGCUGGAAUGGCGUAGUAUCAUUCACAGCUAAGCCUUUAUGGGAGAAGAACGUCAGAUUCCGCGUCUCGUAUGAGGGCGAGUGCUUCCAAGGGGAGCCAAAGCUCUUCUGCAAAGACAUGUGGUACCACGGCUACGGCAAAAUCGCCGUGAUACCUAGCGUCAACGUCGAAUAUAGCGACGCCAUGGCGAAGAGAAUCAAAGAGCUCAAGGGAUACGUCUCACGAUGGGUGGACACUGAAGAUGCGUCCUCGAAGAUCGAUUGGCAGCCAAGCCCGCCCGAAAAAGUAAAGUGCAUGAGGUCGUACCCGGACCAGACUUGGUUGCCUUGGGACGAGCAGCUGGCAGAACAUGGCGUUGCUCCGUAAGCAAGAGUUGGUAACACAGCAUGUAUGCCCGCACGCUCCUACGCCCAAAAGCCAUAUGACGCAGCUCGGGAAUCUCUCGGCCGUGUCAGAUUUGGGAUAGCAUAAGUCAGCAAGAUCACG